GAUAGGUGGCGCUAUUUGCACCAUUCGCGUGAAUUGCGACCAACACAUUUCAGAAGAAGAAAUCCAGGGGUCCUAUCAGUAUUUACAAAUUGAACAAGCAGCGCUCCUUGACGGACAUUUUGACGACUGCUCGACUCCUGUCUUUACUGUCUGUAAAGGCUUGAUGAUGGAAGUGUUGGAUGAUAGUGCCAGUGAAGACACAGGUGAAGCCAAGACUGCAGGCGCUCAGAGCCUGUAUGCGGCUCUCGGCCUGUCAUCAGAAGAUGUGGAUGCACUUGCUCAGAUUCCAGAAAGUGAAAUCAGCGUAGAGACCCUCCCUUAUCUAAUUAUGCAGCUCAAAGCGAAAAGAGCUCAUAAAACAUCAUCAACCACAGACACUGACCACAGAGGGAAGUCACAGGACAAGCUGAAUACACCCGAGAGAAGCAGCAGUGACAGACGCAAAAGCCCCUCGUCUUCCAGCUCAGCGCGGCGCUCCGGGAGCCACGGGAGCCAUGAGCACGAGCAUCACGGCAAAGGGGAGGGUCAUAGGAAGGUCGAGAGGUACUCGGGAGGAAGAAAGGACUUAAAAUACAGGAAGUCAUCCCGAGAAAGACAAAGUGGGGAUCACAUGGCUGUGGAGACAGAGUAUGGUGACAACCCAACGGUUUUCCCACACAAAUGCUCUCUUUGCAAGUGUGUGCUGAAUUCCAUAAAGACAUGGAACGAACACCUAGUAGGUUUCCGCCACAAAUCACAUGAAUCACAGGCCUCUCCACGAACUUCUCGCUCAUUUCCCUCUAAAAGACCCUACAGCUCUGACCCUGUCAUAUGGGAUCAGUUCAUGUCCACCACAUCAGACCGUCUAUACCCUCCUAAGCCCAAUACAAGAGUGGUUGUUGCCAAGUUUUCUAUGGGUGCUGUGACCGUGGAGGAGCUUUUAGUGCUUGGCAAACCAUUUGGCACAAUUGUGAAGCACCUAGUGUUCCCAGCAAAGGGCUUUUUGGAGUUUAGUUCUCACAAAGAAGCUCAGAAUAUGGUCAGUCACUUCCAGUUGAAACCAGCCUUCAUCAAGGAGAACCGAGUCAUCCUCUACCUAUCACCAACAGUGGAAGGCAUCCAUUCACCACCCAAGUUUGAUGAGCCUUCUCAGAAACGAACAAAACGUUCAAAUGCGCCGUCAGUGGUUUGUUUUUCACGUCUGCCUCUCGGCGAGGGCGUUGAGGCUGAGGUACUAGAGCUUGCAGGCAUGUUUGGUGAGGUGUGGCAGUCAAAGUUCACAGACUGUAAGGCUUUAAUAGAGAUGGUUGACUGGCGUGAUGCCGACAUCAUGGUGAAGUAUUACUACAGUAACCCACUGAGGAUUCAAGGCAAAAGUGUCAAAGUGGCCAUGUCCCACAUCACAAGCCUGAGUGCCAAGGGGCCAGAUUCAUUAGAAAACAGUACUGAGCCUCCGUCCAGAAAAUCAGACUCAAGCAAACACAGCAGACAAAGAGACGAGUCCACGUCUAGCAACAAGGACAAAAGCGACAGCUCUAACCAGGAAGCCACAGAGAAAGAAAACCAGUUAAUGCAAAGUGAAGACAAGGCGAUCGAUAAUGAGGAGGGAAUUCAGUUGGAGGAUGAACCUGGGCUGCUUGAAGAGAGGACAGAUGACACUGUGGUUAAUACUGAGGAGGAAGAUAAAAAGGGAGAGGAGGAAAGGAUGGAAGAGGAGGUGGCUACUACUGCUGAGGAGGACAACAGAGAGAGAGAUUCAGAGCAGAAUCAAGAGGAACAGGAUGAUGCAGAAUUUCCAGAGAACAUAGAGGAUUUUGUUACAUUAGAUGAGCUGGACAACACUGCAGGGUGUGAUUCAGCUUUAGAUUCCUCUGUGUCACAGGAUGGUAAAGUAGUGGUGGUUUGGCCCGUAAAGAAGACACCUGACUUGAUGAAGGAUCUUUGCAAUCUGGCUGCACCCUUUGGCAGUAUGGUGAAACAUACUUUGUCCAUGUUCAAACAAGAGGCUAUGAUUGAACUGGAAACAGAUGAAAAAGCCCAAGAAAUGGUGCGGUUCUACAAAGAUCACAAGGCAACGAUAUGUGGCAGACCGGUGUCUGUUACCAUGUGCCGUACCAUGAAAUCAAUAGAGAGCCCUAGUGGGAGAUCCAUUUUCAUCAGCUGUCUUCCCAACCAGAGGUUUCGGCAGAAAUACACAAAGGAAUCCCUUUUAGGUCUGGUUAAGCCCUUUGGAAAACUGACUGCCUACUCUCUAUCCAAGCAUCAAGCAACAUGUUACAUGCAAUUGGACAGUGCAAAGGCAGCUGAACAGAUGGUUGCGCAGUACAGUCGGCGGCCUUGCAUAUUUUGGGGGUCGGUGCUGAAGAUAGCCAUGAGCAGGAAAGCGGACUCUCUGAUUCGAUGGAGAUUUGUUUUAGAGCAAGACACUGAGGAGAAAGAGCUAAAAAAGGAAGAAAAAACAGUUAAAUCAAGCUCUGAAAGAACAGAAAAUGACCAGGAAAUCAAGAGCGGCGCAAAGGAGAACCAGCAAAGUUCUUUACCGGAUUGUGAAGGUGUUGGUGGUGAUUUAGUUUGUGAAGGAAAAGGUUCGGAAGAGGUUAAUCAACAGGACAAAGCACCUUUGAGCCCUGACCAUCAACCUGACCAGACUGUGGGUGUGAACUACGUCAUCCCAGUAACUGGUUUCUUCUGCAAGCUGUGUAACAUGUUCUACACUGACGAGAACAAAGCAAAAUCUGAGCACUGCCGCAGCCUGGAGCAUCACAACAACUUCAAGCUCAAACAUGCUGAAGUAGUGGAACCGGCAGAUGGACACCCAGAUGGUUGAGUGAAGAAAAGGGUGAUCAUGAAAAGACAAAGACAUUGUACUUUUGAUUCAUUAUGUUUUUUUUUAUUUGUUUUCAUUCCAGUUAGUUUCCAUAUUCUUUCUGUUCAUGUUUUGUUUUUGAAAGCGCUUCAAGAGUGACUGUGUGAGAGAGAGAAAUGCGUGUGGACAACAUUGUGAAAUCAUUGUAAUGGUUUGGAUGUGUAUCAGUAAACAGAAUGAAAAUGUAUAUCAGCUGAAGGGAGAGUGUUACACUGCUCUUGAAAUAAACUCAAGUUUGUUUACUGUCA